UAAAAAUUACCGUACGACGAAAAGUUUUAUUGUAUUCGGUAAUCCAGUCAUAAGCGGGCUUAGGAAUACACAACUAAUAUGUAACCUAAUUACCUUGAAGAAAGUGGAAAAUUUAAUCUCAAGUUGUUUGGUAUGACAAAAUUUAAAAGGGCUUUACUUGCAUUUUGUGUUCUUCUGCUAUCAUCGCUAACAACUCUGGGCGUACUCGUUCCAAGAAGUACUAAACAAGGGAAAUAUAUACGAAUCUUGUGCUUCGGUGAUUCACUGACUUUCGGUCUCACAAAUGGAAAGCCUCAUCCGUACACCAUAAGAUUACAAGAGUAUUUUCGAAGUAAACCCAAGAGUCAUUCAAAGUCAAGCUAUGUUGAACUCUACAAUGCCGGACGGUCAGGCGAGAAAGUUCAAAACGAGAUGCUCCCUCGACUUGAAAAUUUAUUGCAGGCUGCUAAAUACAACUGGGUAAUCAUUUUGGGAGGGACGAAUGACUUGUUUGGAAUGAAGAGUAUCUGGACAGCCAAUAACAUUGGCAAGGAGCAAGAUGAAAUCACCAUUUUCAAUGCUUUAGUUCAGCUUUACAAGGUCGCUCACAUGGCUGGAGCUAAAACCGCUGCCGUAACGAUUCCCGCCUUGCAAUGUGAAGUAAGCAGAAAACGAAGAAUUAGCGUAAUUAUGGAAGUUAGACUGAAAGUGAACGAAAUGAUCCGAAAUUUCGUCAAAAAUUCAAAAGGAAAGGUGCUUCUGGCCGACCUUGAUAAGGAUAUGCAUUUUUCUCGAGAUCAAAUGCUCUGUGGUGACGGAAUUCAUUUAACGGCUUCAGCUUAUGACAAAAUGGCUGACGUAAUGUUUAAUUCGAUGAAGAAGUUCCUAUGAGGCUCUCAAGAGUAAUGAUGAAAUCCAAUAUUCAAAUAAUUGAUUUGACGGUUUAAAAAUCUGUCAACACACCAUACACCGAUUGAAUACAGUAAAUUCCUUUAAGGAGAAUGAUGCUUCAGAAACCGUUUCGUUGUUAUCUCCACUAUUAAAGAUUUAAAUGAAAUUAUGACACUAACCACGUUUUGAAAUUAUUAAGAGUAACCUACGAAAAUUGUCUUCAAAUAGUGCAUAAAAUUCGAUUAUCAAUCUUGCUCGGUAACCUGGCCGCUGAGUUGUGACGCAGUCCCGUUCUACUACUCCUUUCAAUCUGACCGAAUAGUUAACGAUUAUUC